UUGUAGGGUACGGUGGGAAAGUGGAGAAUUUCGGAAGGGGCACCUCGGGCUCACGUUUCGCUUUUCCUAUCGAUUUUCUCCUUAAUCAAAUAUUGUUUUCUCGUUUAAUUACUGUCUUUUAAUUGGUCCUGGUAUUUAUUUUUUAUUGUUUAUUUUUUUUUUUUGCAAUUUAUCACGGGUGUAUUUUGUGCGUGUGUCGAGGUCGUCUUGCAGGCUUGGUUUGAUCGGUCCGGUAGUUGAGUUGUUAUUUAAUUUAGCGUGUUUUUUUAUGUAUUGUUGUUUUUGUUGUUCAAAAUGGUAAGGGUGAACGCUUAAAUUGUUUGUUUUUUGCUUGUUUUUGUACGGGAGGUUAGAAAUUGUGUAGAGUAUAGGGUGGUGCACAUGCGGGUCGGCCCGUAGACAGCGUCUUCAGCCACCAGCCAGUGUCGAACCUUCUGGCCUCCGGUUCAGUUCGGGAUGCUCAAAAGACUCUCGGAAAUCCGGCGAAAGCCCGACUCGACCGUCCAGGACGUCGCGUUGGCUGCCGUAGAACAGAUCUCCGCCUCCGGACGUUGUGCUGACGCCGCCCGCGUCUCUCGGCCGCUCGUCAAACUGUACGGCUUCAGCCUGCAGACGUGCGAGUCCGUCCUGGACGCCCUCCUCGCCGAAGGCAAGGUCGUCAAGGCGGAAAGGGCCGGAAAGCCGGUCUACAGGAAGGUCUCAUGGGAUUCGAUCGCGUCCUGCGGCGUCAGGGCGUCCGAGGGGAAAAUCGCCGCCGCCUGGGACUCUAUGCAGAAAGAAGACGCCACACUCGAAGAAUUGGGCGCUUUCUUGGUCGAAAACGACGUCUGCAAAGACAGAGAUGAGAUCCUCGACGUUAUAAGGGAGGAGGCGAUGGAUGAUAAACUCACCCUCAUCGACCUGGGUGAUGUAACGGGAGAGGAAUCUUCUGAGGAAGACUGUCAGGAACAAGACGUCCCCGAUAUAGACCUCGUCAAAAAAGAAAAGAUUGAUAAUGAAGGAACUGAAGGAACAUGCAUCUUUAAAGAAAUCCUUGAAGAGAUCCCGGAGUCGCAAAAGAGAAAAGAUUUGUCUUUUCAGGAGGAGGUAAUAGAUGUGAGUUCGGACAGCAGCACCAUCGGCCCGACACGCAAGAGGCGCAAGCUUAAACAAUCGUCCAAACCUGUUUCGUUGAGCGGUGACGACUCGAGCUGUCAGGAGGCGAAGGAGAAGACGAAAGAGAAGGCUGAAAGCGAGGAGGAGCUUAACGAAGAAGACCUUGACUCGGAAGGCGACGGUGAUGAUGAAACGAGACAGAACGUCGACGGACUCUACAAACCGUCGAUACGCAUCAAAAAGGUCCCGAACCAGCCUCUGAAAAAAAGCGGACGCGUAAGGAGCAAACGGUAUGAUUCAAACGAGUAUGUGUUCCCGUCCUUGAAGAAAAAAUCUAACAGGAGGAGGUGUAUGAAAUCUGAGAACGCCGAAGGCAAGACGAUCUACUCAGAGUUCCCAAAGAGGAGGUGUGGUCUUCAGAAGUGUUCGAUAUGCCGCGAGCCAUGCCGACUCUCCGAAUCGCCUGUGAGGUGCAGGCUGUGCAAAUCGUUCGCCCACUCAUCGUGUGUCGAACAGGAACAGCUGUUAUUCAUGAGCGAGCCGUACGACCGGACAGCCUGGUACUGCUCGCACUGCCGGGCUGACAAACCGGCCAACUCUUUCAAGGCAACAUGCGUAUCAUGCGUAAUGCCAACUAAUAAGUGGUUAGGUUCUCUCGUUAAAUGCCUUUCCUGCGGCGACCACUAUCACAAGACUUGCAUCUCACCCAGGAUCACCAACAUGAUGAUCGGAUCCUGGCAGUGCAAGAACUGCGCCGAAAAAAAAGCUGUGAAAGAGGUAACGAUAGCUACGAAGGGCGUCGUAAGCUCAAAUACAGUUGUGAUAAAAGGCCUCCAUCACAUGGUGUCGCCUGAGGCGAUCAAAACUGAACUGACACGCAAAGGUUAUAACGUCAAAAAAUGCGUCAAUGCCAUAUCCAGGUUCAAGACCCCGCUCAACAUGUUCUUCGUCGUCCUUGAAGACUCAAGCUACAACGACAAGAUCUUAGGUAUAAAUCGUCUCCUCCAGUCGAACGUCAAAGUCCUCCGGCCUUUUCAGCUCAAGUCAAAUUCAAUAAAUUCGGAAGAAGGCAAGGAGAAAAUGAUGCUGAUGGGCAUGGCGGACGAGGCGAGCAGCAGUUCGAGCGAAGACAUCAAGUCGAAGCGCAUGGAAGUCCAGAGGAAGGCGAGAAUGCAAAUAGAAGAACGUCCCGUACCUGACCCCGACGUUCCGGACCCAACGCUCUGGACAACCGAGGAAGUCGCAGACUACUUCGCAACGUACUUUGACGACAACGUGUCCAAAACUUUCAUCGAACAAGACAUUGAUGGGUAUGCACUGAAGCUGAUGAAAAGGUACGACGUCCUCAAAGGCAUGGGGUUCAAGCUCGGCCUCGGCCUGCGUGUCCUAUUCCACGUCAAACGACUCCAGAUACGUACAAACGACCGUACCAUAAUAUGGGCCGACGAGAGUUGAAACUGAAGUUUAAACUCGACCCACCCUACUGUGAGCGUGGGAUGAGAAAACAAACCACAUUGUGAUAUGUUAAUAUGUUGAUAUGUUGAUUUUAACUCGUAUUUAAAAUAUAUAAAUAUAAAAAGACAUUUUAGUGAUCAUAGAAAGAAGAAAAACA